ACGGCUGCCUCCACGGCGGCCAAGCCCAUCGAUCUUAUAGCGUCUUCACGAUCUUUGGUUGAUCUCCCGGCAACUCCUCCAGCCCGGUUUGGUUGAUCUUAGCAGUAGUAUUUUGUAGCCAUGAGUCCCCGACUAGGUAAGGUACGUGAUAAGUAUACAGGACUUUCGUGCGUGCGUACACAUGUGACGGAUUACAAUUGGACUGCCAAUCUACAUGUAAUACUAUAUAUUUCUGAUCGCACCUCCGCUGCCUGCAAAAUCAUCUAUAUAAAUCGUUCAGUCUGCGCUAGCUUGUUUCGUUCGCCGACAUGGACAAGAACCCCAUGCUCAGCGGUGGCAGACGCGAAGAACGACGCAGCAAAUUGAGACGCUAUGACGACGAGUGUGGUACAAGGAUGUGCGAUGAACGCUAUGACGACGAUGCCACGCUCCGAACGACAGUGUUGGGCCGUGAAGUAGCUCUGAGAGAGGGCAUGGCUUUGAUGACGGCCUACUUCGGCGAGCUUAAGAAACUGGGCAUGCUCCGUUGGGCAUAUUACAAGGAACAUCGAGACAGCAUAAAAGAAUCGCUGGCCAUAAUCAACCGGAGAAUCAAGAAAUACAAAGAAUGUCGCUUGGAGUCUGGAUUGUUCUAUUUGGUGCCAAAUCUUAUGACUGGCAGGGUCACGGUCCGGAGUCACUUGCACCACAUGCCGAUCAAGGAAGCAACGAGGAAGCGAAGGUUAGAACUCCAAAAGAGAGAAGAUGCUCUCGACAGAUAUAACAAGGGUGGCCAGGGAUCUGUGGUCUCCGACGACGCUACUUCUGUUUCCCCCGUAAAGAGAUUGUUGUUCUCCACUAUGUGCUCCAUGAUCGUAGGUUGUGUAAUUAUCUUUGUUUAAAACUUCUUUCGUGUCUAAGCCUUUGAGCACGUAAGGUAUGAUAGCCUUACCGUGUUUUAGGCUGAAGCCUAAUUUCAAGAUGCUCCCAAAUUAAUCUGGGCAGUAUAAUC